AUGCCGCCCAGCCGAGUGGAGGAGGCCCUGCGGCUCUUCGCCACGCUGCAGAAUACAUUAGAGGCCGAAACUCGGCAGAGUGAAGUUCACACGGCAACUCUGCGGGCCGAAACCCCCAAGCCGUUGCUGCGAGUCUCGCAGUCCUCCUCCGCCUCUUUUCACUCCUCCUCCUCCACUAGUCCAUUCACAACAGAUGGAGGAAAAACAAAAACAAAAACAACAAGAGCAGCGGCAGCAGCAGCCGCAACACCAAUACCAACAUCAUCAUCAUCCAUCUCUUCAUCAUCUUUAUUGGUAUUACCAGCGGCCGCCUCCAUGGAGGAGUUAAGACGAAAACUGGAAGUGGCAGAUGGCAUCAUGAAGCGUCUGCAUGGAAAGAAUCAACAGUUAGUGCAGCGAGUUAGUGCGUUGGAGCGGGAAAAAGAGACAGGGAAUACAGUAGAGGUUUCUGCAGAAGUAGUUCGUCUCCGAGAGAAGUUAAGACGACGAGAAGAAGAAGUAGCUCAGUUAAAGAAACGACUGAAAAAUGUUGAGGAAACAGUAGAGCGAGAAUCUUUUAGUUCGAUGUGCCCUCCCCACCUAGUGCGGCGUAUACAAGCCCUGGAAAAUCAAUACAAAGAGUUGCUUGAUAUUAAAAUUGAUGCUGUUUUAAAAGAGGAUUCAGUAGAAAAGAUUAAUGCAGAAGUAAAAAAACUUUUUUCACAUAUGAAGAAUAAGAUGAUGACGGACGCUUCUCAACAUGAGGAAGAGGUUAGACGACUCAAUGAGACUCUCGUUGAGGCGGAACGUCGACUUGCAGUUACCUACAAGAAUAGAAAGAACUGUACAUAG